UAUUAUCUUAGGGUUGUAUACAAGGCAUUGCAGGACUUCCUCCGAAGCAUCCCCACCAAGCUCCUCAUGACAGACCUCUACGAGGACUGGAUGGCAGCCAUGCAGAAGGCUGGCAAGGAGGAGAAGACGGAAGAGCUGAAAGCUGUGUCCAAGAAGCUGCCUGCAGCCAACCUCCUCCUCCUGAAGUGGCUGCUGUCCCUCCUCCAGCACAUCGGCCACAACGCAACCACCAGCAGGAUGAGCUGCAGCAACCUGGCCAUCUGCCUUGGGCCCAACCUGCUGAGCCCACCCGACGAGGAGCUGCUCCCGCUGGAGGCCAUGCUGGAGGUGACGGAGAAGGCACCUCCAGCUUUGCCUUCAACCAGCCCUGAGAGCGAGGCAGACUCCCUGGGGCACCCAGAAGAGCUGGCGAGCCUUUCAGAGGACAGAAGGUGCAAGAUGAGCAAAUCCUUGGGCAACAUCAUUGACCCUGGUGACAUCAUCACCGGUGCCUCCCUCCAGCCCCUUUGUUAUUGUAGGAUCUCCUGUCUUGCUGAGCUGCAAGAGAACCUUCACCGUAGGAUCCUGGACCUUCAUGAGCUCACAGUGGCCACAGACCUGUCCCCCCCUACAUCCUUCCCAUCCCGCUCCAGCGGCAUCACCAUCACCAUCACAACAGCCCUGGCAGACAAGGAAACCAGGGACUUUGGGGACGGGAACGUCCCAGGCUUCAGGGAUGAGGACAUCAGGGACAAGGAGAUCUCAGUCACAA